UGGGGGUAUUUAGAUAAACAGGUCUUUCUAAGGGGGUUAUUUGGAUAAAGAGGUCUUUUUGAAUGGGUAUUUAGAGGAAGAGGUCUUUCUCAGGUGAUAUUUAGAUACCAGAGACUCUUUCACAGUAGGUAUUUAGAUAAAGAUGUCUUUCUUGGGGGGUAUUUGAAUGCAGAGAUCUUUCUGAACGGGUACCUAAAUGAAGAGGUUUUCCUCGGGUAGGGUACUUAAGAAGAGAAUGUCUUCUUGGGGGUAUGUAGCGGAAGAGUUCUUUCUCAGGUGGGGUGUUUAGAUCAAGUUCUCGUCCACACUGGGUAUUAAGAGGACGCGGUCUUUCUCAAACGAGGUGUUCAGAGGGAAAUGUUUCUCUGUGGUGUUUCAGGGGCAUGGAGUAGGGCAUUUAAAGAAGGUACUUGCUCAUGCAAGGUAUUUACAAGAUAACUGCCUCAAGGGGGCAUUAAGGGGGAGAAAGCUUUCUCUGAUGGGUAUUUGGGGAGAAAGCUAUCACCAGGGACCACAAAUCCUGUCCUCUAGAGAAAGGAAUUUUGAAUAAGGGAUCUGUCUCCGGGGGUUAAUUAUAAGUAGAUGUCUUGUCUUUUGAGGGGUAUUUAUAGGAAAGGAUGUUUCUGUGGGACAUUUCUGGACAUUUGGGGUGCUGGAUAAAUUUUUACUUCAGAGAUUUCAGUGGACAAUUUUAGCAGAAAGAUUUGUCAGGGAUUUAGAUGAAGACUUCUAAUUGCGAGGUACAUAUUUGCAGGAAAAACCUCCGACUCUGGGAGGCAUGUAGAGGAAGAUGCCUGUGCUAAUGGGGUAUGUAGUUGGAUAUUUCGGUCUCUGCAGCAGAUUUGUGUUUCUCUGUAAGGAACUUAAAGGAAAGCACUUGGUUAUAUCUGAGGACUAUACAGAGUAAAGAGUCUUUCUGGGAUAUAUAGAGGAAGCGGUCUGCCCCAGUGGGGUAUACGCAUCAGCAGGGUAUGUAACUGGAGGAAAAAGUCUCUCGGUGGGGUAUUUCUGGGAAAAUCUUUACGUCUAGGGUAUUUAAAGGAAGUGGUCUGGCUCUCAGGGGGUAGUAAGUAGAUAGUACACGGACUGUAUUCAGAGGAAGACAGGAGGGAUUUCUAAGAGGGAUCGUUUGCUGGUAUUUACAAGAGAUUGAGAUAUCGAGAUGAACACAUCUGUAUCUGGGAGUUAUUUAGUCUGGAAAAAGUGUGUCUUUAGGGGUUGUUCAGUAUAGAGCCCUAACUUUAAGCAAGAUAUUUAGGAGGAUUUGAUAAAGCGUCUGAGUAAUAUUUCCAUGAAGAGACCUGUCUCUGGGACAGGUCUGACUCCCAAUCAAAUGUGAGAUCUGUCCUCUGGGGAGUAUUUAGAAGAAAGGUUUGUAUUUGUGGGUUUUUUUUUUAUUUUUUUUAGAGGAAGUGGGCUGUUUCUCCAGGAAAAGGGGUUCUGUAAGGUAUUUUGGAGAUGGUAUUUGGAUUAUUUAGAGCAAAAGGUAUUGCUAGGGUAUUUGGUGGAUAGAGUUUGUUAAAAAGAUAUUUUUUGGGGCGAAAUAUUAAGGCAAAUGUCAGUCUUUGACAGGGUUUAAAGGGCGGGGAAGGUAACGUGUCAUCUUCCUAGUGUCAGGAUGUGGAGUAUUUCGAAAAAAGUGUUCUGAUUCAAGUGUGUAAUUAAAACAAAAGUUCAAACUCUGAAACUGGUUUUUAGUGAAAAGAUUAUCGCUAUACCAUUUGGAUGUUGUUGUGCAGCCAGAAAGUAUUUUGAUGAUGAAGUUUAUCUCUAGGAACUCGGAAGAUGACGCUUGUCUCUGAGGAGUAUUUGAGAUUUUUGUGGGGUAUUUGUCUCUAGGACUAUUUAGAGAAAGCGCUCUGUCAUUAGGGGAAUUUUGAGAGAUAGGGUCCUGUGGGGUAUUUAGAGAAAAGUUUAGAACCGCGAAUCCAUGUCUUACAUUUACAUUUAUUCAUUUAGCGGACGCUUUUAUCCAAAGCGACUUACAAAUGAGGAAAUACAAGCAAAGCGAUAUAUCAAGCGGAGAACAAUACAAGUCGUGCUACCGUACAAGAUCUUUUAAUUGAGUUCUAGAAGAGCAAAGUGCGCAGAGUAGAGGUGUAAGAGCCAGAGUAAUUGAUUACUUUUUUUAUUUAAUUUUUUUAUAAAGAUAAUGUGAGGGUUGGGGUUUUAGGGGUUAGUUACGUGCUCGCAGAAGAGGUGGGUCUUUAGCUGUUUUUUUGAAGGUAGUGACAGAUUCUGUGGUCCGGAUUGAGGUUGGAAGUUCAUUCCACCACUGAGGGACAGUUCGUGUGAAGGUUCUGGAAAGGGACCUUCAGCCACGCUGAGUAGGCACUACUAAGCGUCGGUCGUAAAUCGAUGGCAGGUCGCGUGAGCGAACGUAAACCUCGAGGAGAGUGUUGAGAUCUGCUUCUCUGCUGUUUUCACUGGCUCCUAUUCCUGCAUGGAUCAACUUCGACCUGACCACUGACCUUUGACCCGUGAGUGACUUAUCGGGGGGGAAUUGGCGCAACCAAAACCCCGACUCUUGUUGAGCACAGAGCUACUCUACCCACAGAAUGUUCUGGAAACUGGCCUUACCUGCCAUUCUGGCCUGCACCCUCUGUGCGUCCAUGGAAACCAAGAAGCUCCGCCCACGAGGCUCCAUCCCCUCCCCUUACAAGCUGAAAGGCAAUGAGCUGUUGUCUUCCUCUUCCAUCACACUAUCAUCCCUGUCUCAGCAACCUCCAUCAAAACGGCACAAAGGCAAACAGGAAGUGCUGCUGUCGAGUCGUGAGGCGCUGGUGGUGACCGAGCGGAAGUACCUGAAGAGCGACUGGUGUAAAACCCAGCCGCUGAAGCAGACUGUUAGCCUGGAGGGCUGUGUGAGUCAAACCAUCAUCAACCAUUUCUGUUAUGGCCAGUGCAAUUCGUUUUACAUCCCACGACAUCUGGCUCCCGCAAAUGGCCGCCAUGGUCGAAAACGGACGCCGAAGUCCAACCAUAGUGCUUCCUUCCAGUCCUGCUCUUUCUGCAAACCUCACCGGAUCUCCACACUAACGGUACGGCUUCACUGUCCCAGGUUACAGCCCCCGUACCGACAUCGGAAGGUCCAGCGCAUUAAGGAAUGCAGGUGCAUGUCGGUUAGCGUCAGUGACACCCACUGACCAAGGGGGAUUGUUGGAAGUGGUUCUCGAUACAACAAACUGAGCCUGUUUUUACUGAAUGGACAUGCUAUAGAUAAAAAGCCAGAAGAAAAAAAUACCUUGAACUGAUAUCUAGAUGGAUAUACUUCAGUCAGACUUAGUAAAAAGAAAUUUACAUUUACUUAUUUGGCAGAUGUUUUGGUCCAAAGCAACUUACAACUGGGCUGAGAAGGUGAGAGUUAAGAGUCUUACUCAAGGAUCCAACAACUCCUGAGCCUUAGUCUUCACAUCAAACCUGGACAAUGGAUACUGGUGUCAUGGUAAAUCCUAUAGCUUGGUGAAGUACAUAAUCAGACAUUGGGAUUUCAA